AUGAUAGCUACAGAACAUAGAUUUUAAGGAGAAGCCUCUCCUUAGAGUUUGGGAUAAUAUGGAUACAAAUUCAUUCCAAAUCAUGUCAUUAGAAUAAAUACAUUGGAGGAACUCAAAAAAUUCGAGACGUCUGAUCCAAAGUUGAAUAAAGUCAUACUAUUUACUAAAAGGAAGGAAACCUCUCCUUUACUCAAAGCUAUGAAUAUACAUUAUUUGGAAAGAGUCAAAUUUGGAGAAGUUGUAGCGACUCCAGAAACAUAAUCUCUAUUAGACGAAUUUGAUAUCAAGGAAUUUCCACAAAUAGUUGGAUUAGAAAAUAAUGGAGAUAAUACAUAUAAUAGAGAUCUAUUUGAUGGAGAUUUAUUAUUCAAACCAAUUAAGAAAUUCGUUAGGGGAUUGGCUGCAAAAGAUAGAAUUCCAUAUGAAUAAGUAAAUGAGCAAUCAAAGAAAUAAGAGGAAAGAAAAAACAGAAGACAAAAACAAGAUGAUUAAGAUAAUAAUAAUAAUGAUAAUAACAAUAAUGAAAAAUAAAAUGUGAUCACUCCUACUAAAUUAGACCAAGGUGUUUUGAAUAAACAGUUAUUAAGAAAUGAUAAACCAGCAUUUGUGCAUGUUUAUAAGGAGACACCUCAUAAGGCAUGGGAGGAGACUAUUAAAAAAUAUAAAUCUUUAUUUGAUUAUUAUGAAUUCCAAGUUAACACUCAAGAGGAUGAAGAAUUAGUCAAAGAAUUGCAAAUUAAAAGCUAUCCUAGCAUUAGAUUUUAUCAAGUAGGAAAUACAUAAAAAAAAAGAGCCUCCAAAAUAUCAUUUACUAAAGAAUAUUCAUUAGAGGAAAUAAAUAAAGACAUAUAAGAAUUAAUCGAUGAUAAGACUAUUAAUAUUAAUGAACAAUCAUUGUAGAUGUAAUUGAGUCAAUAUAUUGCUGAUAACAAUAUUGUUGUACUAUAUUUCUAUUAGACUCCAUAAGUUGGAUUAACUUAUAGAGUCUUGAGUUAAUUGCAAGAAUAUUAUGGUAAGUAUAAAUUCCUAUCCUUCAAAAACGCAUCUCAAAAGGUUAUAGACCAAUUUUAGAUUCCCCAUCAACCAGCAAUUACUAUUAUCUUUAGAGAUGUCAAGGAUAAAAAGGAAUUAGAAGAAGAACUAAAACAUGACUAAGUAAAACAAGCACUAUUUACAGGGAAACACGGUUAUGAUGAAAUCAAAUCAUUCUUAGACUCAUUUGAUGAAUCCAAAAAGACGUCUAGCAAAAAGGUUUAAGAAAUUCAAAAUCAAGAGUAAUUAGAAGAAUAUUGUGAAAAGAAGUAGACAUUAUGUUACAUUGCAUUAUUAAAUGGUGAACAUAAAUCAGUGAAGCAUGAUGAUAUUUUGACAAAGUGGGAACACUAAUUGGAAGUAUUGGACAAAAUCAAGAAUAUCCAUGGAUCUAAGUCAGCAUCUUUUGUUUUCAUUGAUGCAUCUUGCCAUGAUGAGUUAUUAUUGAAAUUCGAUAUUUCAGAUGAUUCGUUGCCCAAUUUUGUUGCUUACUCUAGUAGCAAAAAGACUUAUUCUAAAUUAAUUGGAAGAUUCGAUUAUGAUGCUAUUAGUAAAUUCAUUGACAAAUAAUACAAGGGGCAGUCUAGCAACAUCAAUAUUAAUUCUAUUUAAAUUGUAGAGAAGAAUUGCGAGGAGAUAUUUCAAAAAAGGAAAGAGGCUAGUCAAUCAUCGGGAUUAUCCGAUUUUGAUGAAGAAAUUUUGAAGGAGAUAUUGGAAGAAGAGAGAUUAAAGAAGAAGGAGUUGGAAAAGGAAUUGAAGAAAGGAAAGAAAAAGAAUAAAAAGUCUAAAGAUGAUUUAUGAUUUUGAUUCAAUAUUCUAUGUUGUAAUUGUU